AUGGGGAGAAAAGCUGGGAAUCUGUACAUAAACCCGAAAAAGCUCGGAGGCAUAGCGAAACCAUGUAUGAAGGAAAUGGUAGCGUUCCUCAACUGUAUGGGACUUAACCACUGCAAAGAUGAUAAAUGCGAGAAACAGAAGCAACUCUUGAGCGUUUGUAUGCAGGGACAGGCGGAUCAAAAGUCCAAGUCUUGGGGAAACAUUAACUACCAUUUGCAGAGGUUAACCCGUGGAAGAAAAUGA